AUGGUGAUGCUGCUGCACAGUGGCCGGCCGCCUGCAGCCUGUGUCACCAUCCCUGCCAGCUGCAGCGCCCAGCGCCCAGGGACACAGGUGCCUAUUGAGCAGGUGCAGACGUGGUGCCAGGUGCUGGGAGGCCAGCCACGCAUCCCAGCGUUUGGUUUGCAGCAGACAGCUGCCGAGCGCAUGGCCCAGGCCAGGGAGGUGGAGGAGACCGUCGAGGGGAUGCUGCUGCGGCUGGAGGAGUUCUGCAGCCUGGCUGGCGCGAUCAGGAGCGACACUUCACAGAUCUUGGAGGAAAACAUCCCUCUCCUUAAGGCCAAGGUGACAGAAAUGCGUGGCAUCUACGCCAAAGUCGACCAGCUGGAGGCCUUCGUCAAGAUGGUGGGACAUCACGUCUCCUUCCUGGAAGACCACGUGCUCCGGGCCGAGCGGGACCAUGGGGCCUUCUCCCAGGCCCUGCGGAGGUGGAGGUGGCUGGGCUCCAGGGGGCUCCCCUCCUUCAGGAACAAACUGUCUGUGCUGUCGCCUCCAACAUUUGAGCUGCCCGCGUUGUACAGGACCGAGGACUAUUUUCCUGUGGACGCCGGGGAGGCAGCACCUCAGACCCCCAGCUGCCGACACCGACUGUGAGCGUGGCGGUCCUGCCACCGGGCCUGGGGGAGUGAACCUGUGUGUCCAGGGCAGCUCAGGCUCCUCCUGUUUUUAUUGUCAUUGAUUUGUUUGCUGAAUUUCCCCCCUUGCUUCAUGUGAGCCCGGGGCGUUUGGAGAAGCAGCUGGAACCUGCGCGUGGCGAUGCCUGCGGGGGAGCUGGAGGGGGCAUUUUCCUCCUGUGUCGGGCGGUCAGGUCUGAUGAGCCACCAUGCCCGGGGGACGGUGGGGACUUUCUCUCUGAAGGGCUUUGCGCAGGAAUAUGGGGGACUUACUCGUGCCACUGGGCUGUGUGGUUCAGGUCCGUCACCGUUGGCUGGUUUGUCUGCGAACCCCAGGGCCCGCUGGUGUGUGAAUCAUGUCAAUAAAGGCGUCAGGAGGUGACGUGUGGUCUGUGUGUGGGAACAGGUGGGGGGCAAUGACCAGUUCCUUUUUACUGUGUGUUUCCUCUAAGGCUGCUCCUGCACCUGGGCAAGCCCGCCCCGAAAUCUGAUACAGCCCCCGGCCUGCACCUGCUGGGGUGCAGCGGGGCCUGCAGAUCCCUAGGACUUCCCUCUCCAAAGGCGCGUUCGCUUCCAUUUCUCCUCAUGCAAAUGAGCUUCCUGCUAUUAUCCUCGAAGUCCAGAUUCCACCCUUUAGUAAUGGGUGUGUCUAAUUUUCUGGAAUUCCUCACAGAGCCAAGAGAAUACGCAUGCGGGCGCGCACGCUCCCAACCGCAGGCCUGCAGUGGAGUUUCAAGGAAAUCUAAAGAAUCAGGCGAGAUAGGAAAGAGCUGAGUCUUGCCAAUUGCAGGGUACCUUUUGGAAUGAAAAGAUAAAGGUGGACCCCUUUGUUUCAAGAGAGCCGACAUCUUUCUGGGGAGAUGACUUGCGUAAACUUUGAGUUUUUUAUUAAAAAUGCUUAUAAACUAUUUUACGUUAUGGAAGUCUGACUUUACAUAGAGAAAGGUGCACCUCG